AUGAAUUACCACGAGCAAGAGGACAUCACCUCUUCUUCUAUACAGCAAAUGUUAAUGUUUAUUACAUGUGUGCGUGUGGACGACCACUCGGUAGACCUCGUGUCUUCAGAAGAGCCGAAGAACUAUCAGGCAGAGACCGUUCCCUUGAUGCGCGGCGAGGGGUUCUCUUUGACGCAUAUUGAAAACAAGACACGGGAAGUGAACCAGACUGGAAGCGAAAAGGCUACCAACCAAGGAGGACGCGCCGCUUUGAAGAAGAGUACUUCUUUGAUAUUAUCUCACAAGGUGGGUGCACAUGCAACAAGACAUUGAAACAUCUCGUACUAAUACUUAUAUAUAUAAUACUACGGCAGUUUUCAACUUGAGGUUUUGACUUUGUGCGUUCCUCUGAGGCAUGAUGUUUCUUCCGGAGAUCGGCCAGGAGAAAGAUACGACUCGUCAAGAAGGUAAGUACAAAUAUCCAUGAACUGCAGAGAACUUAUCCACACCGUAGAUAGAACUGAUCUAUCAGCUCUAGCCUCAAGAAGUUGUAUUUACUCCACGUCUUGUUCUUAGGUCCAUCUGGUGACUAUCCUGAUGGGGCGAAGACCGAGCCACGACUGCGGGGCAGUCCAACCACUUCCCUUUGAGUUGUUACGACCCAUUUGAUUUGUUGACUACUGAGAACUUCAUUGACUCUCACAGACAGUAAUGCUAAGCAUGGAACCCGGAGGAACUUUAUGAUUUGUUUACUUUGUUCUCUUACGUCUUCUAAUAUUUCAUCCCUCAUGAACAUGAUUGAGUAAUUUGUGAUAUCUUCGAAUCCUAUGAAUAUGAUGAAGCAAUCGUGAACUUCGUGUAGUGGAGACCUGAAGCGAACUAUUUUGCGUCAAGCAGAGAUAGAAGCGCUGUACCCCGUUAAUGUGGCAAUGGUCACGAAUGCGACUCGUUUUUAUUCGUGAUCUUCCUAUCGUUGUUUAUGGAGGAAGGGCUCCUUGCUGUUUCUCACACGAAACAGAUUUGUAAGAUUCAUUAACUAUAAAAACAGAGGCUUGAGGAUCUGAAAACUAUAACGGGGAUAACGAAACUGAAACUGAACCGGUGGGCGUUAGGCUCGUAAUACUAAUUGGGAUACCAACAUGAGGAAGAUGAUGAUUGCAUGGGAUUAUGUAUUCGAGAGCUUCCCUCUACGCACAGAAAUUUAAUAAAGCCAAAAGAUUUCGAGUUGACCAACAACUGGCUUCACAAUAUCACGCGUAUCUACGAGGACCAGCAAAUUUUGUGCAGAUGAUAAUCCUUGGUGCACUGCUAGCGAAGGUCCCACUCAGUGCUACCGUUUCUAGAAAUGAGGUUGUUAAUACCGUACAAUGAGAUCAUUCAUUUACAUUUACAUUUUUCUCUCCCAGGAUGGAUCAAGAAAUCAUGGCGCCUUCACUCACUUUGUUGGGCCUAGCGCCUGCCUACUUGUAU